AUGGAACCCGAAAACGUAUACGACUAUGUGGGCGAGGUCAACGCAUCCCUCGAAUGCGCCAUAUGUCGGUGAGUGUCACCCCGCUUUCCGUCUGACUGGCACGGGCCAGUCAUCCAGUUCCACAUGGCUUACCUUACCCCUCGCGUUUAUGUCGUCCACCAGCAACCCGUUCAUCCACCCGGUCAUGUCACCGAUGUGCCAACAUAUCUUCUGUCAUCACUGCAUCAGCCGCGCCCUUUCGCUGUCGUCGACGUGCCCGAUCGACCGCUCGGCCUUGCUGCAGCAGCAGUUGAUCGACGCGCCUCGCAUCGUGCACCAAUUCGUCGAUGAACUGAGCGUCAAGUGUCCUCACGCGGACAAAGGAUGCGAUAUCGAAUGUGAGAGGGGCUGGUUGUCCAUUCAUCUCAAGGACCAGUGUCGAUACGAGCGCGAGAUCGUCACCGUUGCGGAUCCCAAGGGGAAGGGCAAGGCCAAGGUCACCGCCAGCAACGUCGAAGAGGAUUCGGCGAAUGUUGACGAGAACGGCCAGGAGAUAUGGGUCGUAUGUGAUCUAUGUCGCGUAGAUUUGCUCGCCAGUCAUCUCUCGGUGAGUGCCCUUCGCCUGCCCCAGAUUUGGAACGCGCGUCGGUCUAACUCGUCGGUCGGCGUUUUGGAAUUUCGUCCUCAGUCGCACGGAUUGACCUGUCCUUCGGCCGAGGUCAACUGCAAUUAUUGCUCGACAAUGCUCCUUCGAUCAGCACUACCGUCCCAUCACCUCGAGAAUUGUCCUAUGAUCCCAAUACCAUGUCCGCAUGCUGCCCAUGGCUGCUCAACCCGGGUCGCCCGCUCGCUGAUGGCUGACGAACACCUCGACGUCGCAUGUCCCUACGAACCGAUCAAGACCUAUCUCGAUCAACAAAAGGGCAUCAUCGACCGCGUCGAAGGGGAAAACUGGUGGUUGCGGCAACGAGUUGGCAAGCUCGAAGAAGGCAUGAGGGAGAUGCGGGAAGUCCUCGAAGGGGUCAGGAGAGGUAUGGGCGAAUUUUGGGUCGCCCCUGAACCAUCAAGCGUUCCAGAACCGACAGAAGUCGAUGCGACCUCGUCCACCGAACGCUUCGACUCGACACCAUUGCUCGAAGCCCUUCCUCUGUCGGUUUCUGUCGGUUCACGUUUAAGUUCACCCGGCUUGGCCACUCCUUCGACUACACUCUCGACGCAGCUAUCCUCGCUUCAAUCCCAGCUAGGCUCCCUACAAUCCUCUCACUCGUCACUCGAAGCCGGCCUCUCUCAAACGAUACACCACGACUCAAUCCGAACAGGCGAAGAGAUUGCCUCUCUCCGAGCGGUAACCCACGGUCUGAGGAUGCAAAUGCACCACGUCAUGAUGGAUGUGAAUCGACUCAUUUCGAGGAGAAUGGGAGGCGCAGCAAUGGGGGCCGUCGGUGGCGGUGUGGGGAUCGGCAAUGCGAGUAGUGGUGAUUCCGAGGGGUCGGAUGAGGAAUUGGGUGGGAAUGGUGUAUUGGGUAUGGGGGGCUCGACGACCAUGUGGAUGCGACCGGGGUAUCCGGGUACGAUGAGAAGACUGAGUGAGUUGGGCACACCGGGCAACGUACCCGUCGGGAUGAGGUUGGGCGGCGCUUCGUCGGGUGGGAUGAAGUUGUGA